AUGUUAAGAACCAACAACGAAGAACCAGCGAGUGACGCCUGGUCGGGAGCAGACUCCAGUGAGCUCGAAGGACCGCCUCUGGUCAAUGAGCGUCUUGAUCCGAUGGACAUCUCGCCAAGCAGUCAGGCUGAAAGUUCGAGAUUGGAUGAAGUGUCAAUGGAGCCACCGUUCCCUAAUCGCCCUCCAGCUGCAUCUGUUCCUCACAUCAGGAGUUCCAUAACCUUUUCUCGCUACCAUGCCAGCCGAAUCCCCGAGGACAUGUUCCGCGAACUUGCGAGCUACGGCUUCCAUCCAGGUCCAAACGGAGAAUUGCGGUUGCCGCUUGGUACACGGCCACUUUACAGUCUGAUGGAGGCAGAAUCUUCCUCAGAACAGUCCUUCCUCCACCCGGCGUUGGGCGUGAACGUGGAGGCAAUCGAAGGCUCCCAACAUCUCAUCCGACUUGAUUUUGAGAUCGUCUCCCGUCCAGAUCCUUCCGGUCCGAUGGAGGAUGACGAAGGUCACAACAGGACUUCCCGCCUCCUGCGCUAG